AUGUCAAAAAAAGGACGCAGCAAGGGCGAAAAGCCUGAGGCACUGAUUGUUGCCCUGCAGGCUGCCAAUGAGGAACUCAGGACCAAGCUAACAGACAUUCAAAUUGAGCUGCAUCAAGAGAAAUCUAAGGUUGCUAAACUUGAAAGAGAGAAAACUCAAGAAACUAAACGUAUCCGUGAGGUGGAGCAGCGCAAACAGACCGUGCAGAUCACAGAGCUGAAAGCCAAACUCCAUGAGGAGAAAAUGAAGGAGCUGCAGGCCGUGAGGGAGAACCUCAUCAAACAGCAUGAGCAGGAGAUGACGCGGAUGGUGAAAGUCCGAGACAGUGAAAUUCAGCGCCUGAAGUCAGCGCUGUGUGCGCUGCGGGAUGGGAGCAGCGAUAAAGUAAGGACAGCGCUGACUAUUGAGGCUCGUGAAGAAGCCAGAAAACAAUUUGACUCCGAGCGCCUUAAGCUUCUGCAGGAAAUCACUGAACUGAAGUCUGCCAAAAAGCAGGUAGAUGAGGCCCUUAACAAUAUGAUCCAAGCUGAUAAGAUCAAGGCGGGGGAUCUUCGGAGUGAGCAUCAGUCCCACCAAGAAGCCAUUUCCAAGAUCAAAUGGGAGAGCGAAAGGGAUAUUCGCCGCCUGAUGGACGAGAUCAAGGCUAAAGACAGGAUCAUAUUUUCCUUGGAGAAAGAACUGGAGACACAAACAGGCUAUGUGCAGAAGCUGCAACUGCAGAAGGAAGCUCUGGAUGAACAACUCUUCUUGGUGAAGGAGGCAGAGUGUAACAUGAGCAGUCCCAAGAGAGAGAUCCCAGGAAGAGCUGGAGAUGGUUCAGAGCACUGCAGCAGCCCUGACUUGCGCAGAAACCAGAAGAGGAUAGCGGAGCUGAAUGCCACCAUCCGGAAGCUGGAAGACAGGAACACGUUGCUCGUUGAUGAACGAAAUGAACUGUUGAAGCGCGUCCGAGAAGCUGAGAAACAAUGUAAACCUCUUCUGGAAAAGAACAAGUGCCUCACGAAGAGAAAUGAUGAACUUAUGCAGUCUUUGCAGCGCAUGGAAGAUAAACUCAAAGCAGUCACUAAAGAAAAUAUAGAAAUGAGAGAAAAAAUUACAUCACAUCCUCCUCUAAAGAAACUAAGGUCUCUCAAUGACUUGGAUCAGGCUAAUGAGGAACAAGAAACUGAAUUCUUAAAGCUUCAGGUCAUAGAACAACAGAACAUAAUUGAUGAGUUAACAAGGGACAGAGAGAAACUCAUUCGUCGCAGAAAGCAUAAAAGGAGCUCAAAACCAAUUAAGAGACAUGUGGUGGAUACAGUUUUUGGAUACGAUGAUGAUUCCAUGGACUCUGAAACAUCCUCUGUGGCCUCAUAUAGAACAGACAGAACACCAGCAACCCCAGAUGAUGAUCUGGAUGAGGGUUUAGCAGCAGAAGAAUCAGAGCUGCGGUUUCGACAGCUGACGAAGGAGUAUCAGGCCCUACAGAGGGCAUAUGCACUACUGCAAGAGCAGACAGGAGGCAUUAUAGAUGCUGAAAGAGAAGCCAAGGCCCAAGAGCAGCUCCAAGCUGAAGUCCAGAGAUAUAAAGCCAAAAUAGAAGAUUUGGAGAAAACUUUGGCACAGAAAGGACAGGAUUCACACUGGGUGGAAGACAAACAGCUUUUCAUUAAGAGGAACCAAGAGCUUUUAGAUAAGAUAGAGAAACUGGAUGCAGAAAACAAUCGUCUGCAACAGGAGCUGCAGGAUGCCCGAGACCAGAAUGAGCUGCUGGAGUUCCGCAACCUGGAGCUGGAGGAAAGAGAGAGACGGUCCCCACCAUUUAAUCUCCAGAUUCACCCAUUCUCAGAUGGUGUGAGUGCUCUGCAGAUCUACUGCAUGAAGGAAGGAGUUAAGGAUGUCAGCAUCCCAGACCUCAUAAAGCAGUUAGACAUCCUAGGUGACAAUGGGAAUUUAAGAAAUGAAGAACAAGUGGCCAUAAUUCAGGCUUCUACUGUAUUGUCCUUAGCAGAAAAGUGGAUCCAGCAGAUUGAGGGAGCUGAAGCUGCUCUGCAUCAGAAGAUGAUGGAACUGGAAAGUGAUAUGGAGCAAUUUUGCAAAAUAAAAGGUUAUUUGGAGGAAGAACUAGACUACAGGAAGCAAGCUCUUGACCAAGCAUACAUGAGGAUCCAGGAGCUUGAAGCCACCUUGUACAAUGCUUUGCAGCAAGAAACGGUGAUAAAGUUUGGGGAACUACUCACUGAAAAACAACAGGAAGAGUUGAGGACAGCAGUAGAAAAGCUAAGACGUCAGAUGCUGAGGAAAAGCAGAGAGUAUGAUUGCCAGAUUCUUCAGGAGAGGAUGGAGCUGCUCCAGCAGGCUCAUCAGAGGAUCCGAGAUUUAGAAGAUAAAACUGACAUCCAAAAGAGACAAAUUAAGGAUCUGGAAGAAAAGUUUCUAUUUCUAUUCUUGUUCUUCUCUCUUGCCUUUAUUCUUUGGCCUUGAUGUCAAUGUGCCUCUUGGAAAGAGUGCUCGACCACACAG